GUUCGUAUAAUUUUUUGACAAAACCGCUGUUAUUUCCAUCAUCGUUUACGGGGAAGUUUGGAAGCUUCGCUGUUAUCCUUGGCCAGGUAUCAAUCUCUUUCUCGAACGACGAAGCUAUCGACUAUCUAGGAUGAGGAAUGGAUUCGCUUGAAUGGAUCGAAAGUAGUAGACAGCAGGUAUGUUCUCCCGUAAGAAUGAAAAGGAAAAUUAGAUCCAAGAGAUAUGAAUUCGUUGGCUGGGGAUCAAGACCACUUAUCGAAUUUCUUGCAUCAAUAGGAAAGGAUAUCAGCGAGAAGAUUUCUCGACACGACGUUACCUCCAUUAUAAACGAGUAUGUCAAUAUUAAUAAUCUUCUUCAUCCCUCUAGAAAGAAAAGAAUCAUCUGCGAUGAUAGGCUCCUUUCCAUUUUCGGAAGGAAAACAAUUGGCCGUAUUAAAAUCCAUGACAUGCUAGAACCACACUUUGCCGAGAAUCAAGAUGAAUCAGAUGAUGACUUUUCAUGCAGCUCGGACGAGACUGAGAAUCUUUCAAAUACCUUCAAACGGGAUAAUGGCAUAACCCCUGGAAGAAAGCUCAAUCAGAAGACGAGAGUGCUGGUGAACCCAAAUAGCUAUUUUGCUGCCAUAGUUCCUGGCAAUAUUAAUCUUGUCUACUUGAGAAAGAGUUUAGUAGAGGAUCUGCUUAAAGAUCCUGGAACCUUUGAAAGCAAGUUGAUUGGUAGCUUUGUCAGGAUUAAAUCUGACCCCCACGACUAUCUUCAGAAAAAUACUCAUCAGCUCGUGCAGGUUAUAGGGGUGAAGAAAAUUUCUAUAUCUGGUGAUUUGAGUACAAAAUUCAUUCUUCAUGCUUCCAAUGUGAUGAAAGAUAUCAGUAUUUGCAUGCUUUCAGAUGAAAAGUUCUCUGAGGAGGAAUGCAAAGAUCUGGAUUUGAGAGUAAAACACGGCUUGGUCAAGAGGUUAACUGUUGCAGAGUUUCAACAAAAAGUCGAAGUCCUGCAUGUGGAUAUUACUAAGCAUUGGCUUUUAAGCGAAAUUUCUUUGCUGCAAAACCUCAUUGAUCAAGCGAAUGAAAAGGGGUGGCGCAGGGAGCUUGAUCAAUACCUGGAGAAAAAGCAGCUCCUUCAGACUGCAGAAGAACAGUCACGCAUACUGCGUGAGAUUCCACAAGUGAUUGCAGAUGAAACAGAAUUGAAAAGCAUUUAUGUUAGUGCAGAUCAAGGAGAUAAUGUGACUAAUGAAGGAGAUGAAACAAAAUUGCAGAUGAGAGGCGAGGCUUUAGAUGAUACAAAUCAAGGAGAUACUGUACCUAAUUCAAGCCAAAAGAUUGCUUUUUAUGUUGCAGAAAAUGGAACUGCAGCUUUGAUGUCCAACAUAAAAGAAGUUGCAGAAUCUCGACAGGGUGUUCUUGAUGAAGAACAGCCUCCAAAACCAGUAGAAUCUACGUAUAAUUGCAAUAAUGAGACAGAAAUUAUGAAUGAGGUGGAGAAAGGCUGUCAAGCGAGCGAGCGGAUUAAAGAAUCUGGAGUGAUUAAUUUGAGCGAUGAUGAUGAACAACCAAGGUUUGAAGAGCAUGAUUGGGGUAUCAAACUAAGAAGCUUAAUUUGGUAUUAUUUAGAUCCCCAGGGGGACGUACAAGGGCCCUUUUCUCUUGCGUCAUUAAAGAAUUGGAAGGAUGCUGACUAUUUUCCUUCAGAUUUCAAAGUCUGGAAGACGGGUCAGAAUCAAGAUGAAGCUGUUUUAUUGAGCGACAUUCUUUCCCCCUUCUUUUCGUAAUAAUUGGUGCUCCUGAAAUUCUUGAUUUCUGUUUCAAAUAGUGGCAUUACAUGGAUGGGUAAACUUCCCAACUUUCUUGUUUCCUCAUCUUUAAUGAGGUUGUAUAAAUUUGUUAUGGUUAGUGGAACAUAUGCGUUAAUUGUUGCAAUUCUGGGGUGAGGACAUCCAAGACCCCUUUCAUCACUCUUAACAUUUUAUUUAAAUCAGCACCUGCAAGUUGCAGAAUCUUUCCAAAAUCUCGUACUUGUAAAACACCUGUAAAUCCUGAAGAUGAACUGAGAAUGACUAUUUAUCUGGACCCCCCUUGCGACUACAAA